AACUCCAAUCCUUCCCAUCGUCAUAUCCACUGAGCCCAAUUCUCUUUUCUAGUAAUUCCCGCAACUUCCCUUUGAUUUUCCGGCGACUAAGUCAAGUUCCGAUGGAGACCGGCGGCAAGUUGAAGAAGGGAGCUGGUGGAAGAAAGGGUGGCGGCCCGAAGAAGAAGCCGGUUUCUCGCUCCGUCAAAGCCGGCCUCCAGUUCCCCGUCGGUAGGAUCGGUCGGUACUUGAAGCAUGGCCGGUAUGCUCGACGUGUCGGUACUGGAGCUCCGGUCUACAUGGCCGCCGUUCUUGAGUAUCUCGCCGCUGAGGUGUUGGAAUUGGCUGGAAAUGCUGCUAGAGACAACAAGAAGAACAGAAUAAUUCCUAGGCAUGUAUUGUUGGCCAUAAGGAACGAUGAAGAGCUUGGGAAAUUGCUUGCUGGUGUAACAAUUGCACAUGGUGGUGUUCUUCCAAACAUAAACCCAGUUCUUUUGCCAAAGAAAAGUGAGAAAGCAGCCGCUAAAGAACCAAAAUCUCCAUCAAAGGCCUCCAAAGCAACCAAAUCUCCAAAGAAGGCUUAGUUAUUUUUCUGUUUCUCUUUUUCUUCUGAAGAACUUUGACUUGUUCUUUCCCCAUUUGUAUGUAGCUGGUUGGCUUUUUAGGGUCUUCUUCUGUGUUGUUUAUCAAUGUAAGCUCUAAACUGAUGAAUUUGGAGACUGUAUCAAUCCCCAUCAUCUCGAUGAUCAAACUCUGUAAUGGUUAUGAUUGUUUAGCCAUCAAUUUGCUUUCUACAUUCUGCUAAUCUUCGUUUGGUUAAAUGUAUGAGGCUGGAAGAAUGGAAAAAUUUGAUCAA